AUGAAGUAUCUUGAGUCAUGUGUGAAGACAAGGUACAUUCUCAGAGGUCAAUUGGCAAAAAUUGCACCGUUGGCAAAUGUCAAUAUCCGAGUCAACAUACCUACAGCUAAAGGUUCUUCACAUGACGACUAUGUUGUUGACAAAGACUUACCAUGGUUGAAGAUUGUAAUUGUCCACAACCACUUCAUGUUGAACGAAAGUCUUACAAACCCAUUGUUCGGAAAAGGCAAGUGCAACAUUGUCAGAGCUGUAAACAUUCUUUUCGAGAAAGGUUUGUUGGAACCAAUUCCAGAUGACAAGCUGACAGAAACUUUUGUACCAAAAGACGAAACAAACUUUUCAUUGUUAGCAAGACCAAAAGUUGUUCCAGACAAAGUUCUAGUACAAAAGAAGUACACAAUUCCAAAAGGAGUUGGAUUGUUCGGAUACCAACCUGAACCAGAAGAACUUCCAAUGAGGUUGCAAGAACUUCAAGAUGCUAUAAACAAACUUCCAUUGAGACAUCCAAUUGACGUCAAAUUGUAUUGGAGAGCAUCUGAGUUAGGUCAGAAGGUUUUAUAUGAAACAGGUUGCUUCGACGAUGUUUAUGAGAUAACAGGAGAAGUUUCUCAGAAGAUAAGAGACUCACUUGAAUUUCCACAAACUGGACCAAUUGGUUGCGACAAGUUCGACUCAGAUGAAAAGAUAUACUAUGUCGACCUUAACGCUGCAUACAUGAGGUUUGUCCAAUAUAUCCCGACUGGAAUUCCAAACGAAGAUGGUGAGUUCCCAGGAAGGAACUAUACAGUUGGAAAAGUCAUACAACAACUGUAUGAUAUUAGGAAAGCUUCAAACCCCAAACUUGCAAUGA